AUGUCCGACGACCGCGAUUCGCCGCCACCAAGCGGAUUACGAAACCGCGUAAGCUUCUUCGAGAGAGUGUGGAAAGGGAGAGGCAGUAGAGACAAUGUAGACUCUACAGCCAAUGUAGAGGAGAUAGAGCGCCGCCUAGAGCAGCGCAAACGGCGGCCGGAGUCACCGAAAAUCGACGUCAAACUCAAACAAACCCGCGACACCGAGUCGCCGACGAAGAGCCAAGAGACAACUUUACAGAAUGUGAGGCUGAGGCACGUGGAGCCCGUGGAGGAGAUCGAGCGGAUCGAGAGGCAGAUCGAGGAGGGCGAUCUCGCCUCCGGUGUCCGCUUUGUCAAGUUCGAACGGGUGUCCUUGAAGCGGACAGUCGACACUCGAAGCGAAGACAGGCCGGAUUCCCCUCAGCACGAGUGGUACUCCGAGUACAAGCAACAAGCACUGCAAACUGCGCCGAGGAAGGAGUAUCUACGCAGUAAAUCUGAAUACGACUCGCAUAUUGCCGAAAUAAGAGGUAACUUAACUUUUCAACUGAACUAA